ACAAAAGAAAAGACUGACUCACUUUUGAGUUAGAAUAGAAUAAUACUACUACAAUAGCUCCCUUCCCUUCCCUUCCCUUAAUUCCAUGGAGCCAAAGAGGGUAGCCAUUGUUGGUGCAGGGAUCAGCGGCCUCCUCGCCUGCAAAUACGCAGCCUCCGUCGGCCUGACUCCGGUCGUGUUCGAGGAGCAGCCGCACGCCGGCGGCCUCUGGAACCACACCAUCGAGUCCACCAGGCUCCAGAACUCCAAGGACUUCUUCCAGUUCUCCGAUUUCCCAUGGCCGGAGUCCGUCCGCGACGUCUUCCCCACCAACGCUCAGCUCCUCCACUACCUCCAGUCCUACGCCCGCCAUUUCCACCUUCUCCCCUACAUCAAUUUCAAUUGCAGGCUUCUCAGCCUCGACUAUGUCGGCGUGUCGCAGGAGGAGAUGGCCAGCUGGCACCUCUGGGGUGGAUCUGGACAAGCUUUUGCCUCCGAGGGAAACUGGAAUCUCAAAGUUCUUCACAUCGACGACCACUCUGUCAAGGAAUAUGCUGCUGAGUUUGUGGUCCUAUGCAUCGGAAGAUUCAGCGGUCUGCCGUCCAUUCCCGUAUUCCCUCCAGGAAAUGGACCGGAAGUCUUCGCCGGAAAAGUGCUGCAUUCCAUGGAUUACUCUGCCAUGGACAAUGCAGCCGCCGCCGAGUUCAUCAAAGGGAAACGGAUCGCAAUUGUUGGCUCAGGAAAGUCAGCUAUCGACAUUGCGUUUGAGUGCGCAAGCGCCAACGGGAGUUCUAAUCCGUGCUCCGUAAUCCAGAGGACUACUCAUUGGACGUCGCCCGAUGCGAUGCCAUGGGGAGUCAAUUUUGGCUAUUUAUUCUUUACCCGAUUUUCCGAGCUGCUGGUUCAUAAGCCGGGGGAAGGUUUCUUCUCGAGUGCCUUGGCCACAUUGCUUUCACCUUUGAGAUGGGCAAUCUCAAAGUUCGUCGAAAGCCACAUUAGAUGGAAGCUUCCCUUGAAAAAGUACGGUAUGAUCCCUAAAGAGAGCUUUGUCCGGGAAGCUUCUUCUUGUCAGAUACUUUUUCUGCCCGAAAACUUCUACGACAAAGUGGUGGAUGGAAGCAUUGUGUUUAGGAAAUCUCAGCACUUUAGCUUCUGCAAGGAAGGCUUGAUGAUCGAAGGAGAGGUCAAUCCUAUAAAAGCCGACGUAGUCAUCUUUGCCACCGGAUACAAAGGUGACGAGAAGCUCAAGAAUAUUUUCGUGUCUCCAACCUUUCAAAACUACAUUUUUGGAUCUCCAAAAUCUUCGGUUCCUCUUUACAGACAAAUGAUCCAUCCGAGAAUUCCACAGCUAGCUGUUAUAGGUUAUUCGGAAUCUCUCUCAAACCUUUAUACAAUCGAGAUGUGGUGUAAGUGGCUGGGAUUCUUCUUGGACCAAUCCUUCAGUUUGCCGAGCAUAAAAGAAAUGGAAGACGACCUCAAAAAGUGGGAUGCGUACAUGAAGAAAUACGCCGGAAAUGGUAAGUUCAGACGAGGGUGCAUUGGCGGGGUUCACAUCUGGUACAAUGAUCAGCUCUGUAAAGACAUCGGAUGCAAUCCAAGAAGGAAAAAAGGUUUUUUCUCAGAUUUAUUUGAGCCUUAUGGAUUGCGCGACUACAACGAGAUUGGUCCUAACCAACGUUAAAAGCUACAUUUGUGUUGUUUAUGUUGAUGGAUUGCAGCUGUUAGGGUACUAUCAUAAUUUGGACAUUAUAUAUAUUCUUGUAAUAAUAUCGACAAGCUUCAGAGUAACGAUGAGGUCCUUAAAAACAAGAUUUUCGAUACUUAUUACUAGAACAUAUGCAGGCUUUGCGAGAUUAGCCUUUCAUAAGGUUCGCAUGAUAGUCAUCACAUAGAAACAAAUGUUCCUAUCCAUGGUUGCAAUCAGGGACUGAACUAGCUUUCGAAGUUAGGGUGCGAGUUUU